CUUUGUCCUGUAUGUGAUGAAUUCUUUCAUCUGACAGUAGUGCCAGAAUGUGUUACUUCAGGGAGGAGAAGGAGGUGACUCUUGGAGUGAGUUGCCAUCAUGGGCCAUGGCAGAGCGGGUGCUGGUGAUCGGCAGCGGGGGGCGGGAGCACGCCCUGGCCUGGAAGCUGGCCCAGUCCCCCCACGUCAAACACGUGUUUGUGGCUCCAGGAAAUGCAGGCACAGCCGACAACGGGAACAUCUCCAACUCAGCCGUUCCAGUCAGUGACCACGCUGCUGUUGCCCAGUUCUGCAGGGACCAGGACGUCAGGCUGGUGGUGGUUGGUCCCGAGGUUCCUCUUGCUGCUGGAAUUGUGGAUGACUUGACAGCAGCUGGGAUCAAGUGUUUUGGCCCCACAGCAAAGGCAGCUCAGCUGGAGUCCAGUAAGAGCUUUACCAAAGCCUUUCUGGAUCGUCAUGAGAUCCCCACUGCCAGAUGGAAAUCCUUCACUGAUCCCAAAGCAGCAUGUGCCUUCAUCAACAGUGCCACCUUCCCUGCUCUGGUUGUCAAAGCCAGCGGCCUGGCAGCUGGCAAAGGAGUCAUCGUGGCUUCGAGCAAGGAGGAGGCCUGCAGAGCUGUCACUGAAAUCAUGCAGGAUAAGAGUUUUGGCACAGCUGGGGAAACUGUUGUUGUUGAAGAACUUCUUGAAGGAGAAGAAAUUUCUUGCCUGUGUUUCAGUGAUGGUGUCACCAUUGCCCCCAUGCCCCCAGCCCAGGACCACAAGAGGCUGCUGGAUGGAGAUGAGGGCCCCAACACAGGAGGGAUGGGAGCUUAUUCCCCUGCUCCUCAGAUUUCUAAAGAUUUGCUGCAGAAAAUCAGAGAGACUGUUCUUCAGAAGACUGUUGAUGGCAUGAGGAAAGAAGGAGUCCCCUAUGUGGGUGUGCUUUAUGCUGGAUUAAUGCUCACCAAAGAUGGGCCCAAAGUUCUGGAAUUCAACUGCAGAUUUGGUGACCCAGAGUGUCAGGUGAUUCUGCCCCUGCUCAGGAGUGACCUGUACGAGGUUAUGCAGGCAGUGAUCAACAGGAGGUUGGCCAGCUCCAUGCCAGCCUGGAGAGAGGACAGUGCAGCUGUGACUGUGGUCAUGGCUAGUCAAGGCUACCCAGGGACAUAUCCCAAGGGCUUGGAAAUUACAGGGCUGGCGAAGGCCAGGCAGCUGGGGCUGGAGGUGUUCCACGCAGGCACAGCCCUGAAGGAUGGCAGGGUGGUCACCAGUGGGGGCAGAGUGCUCACAGUCACGGCCAUCAAGGAGGACCUGCCCACGGCGCUGCAGGCGGCCAACCUGGGCGUGGCUGCCAUCCGCUUCCAGGGGGCCAUCUUCAGGAGGGACAUCGGCCACCGGGCCAUUGCCUUCCUCAGGCAGUCCAGAGGCCUGACUUACAAGAACAGUGGGGUGGACAUUGAAGCAGGGAACACUUUGGUGCAGAAGAUCAAACCCUUUGCUGCAGCCACAUCAAGGUCAGGCUGCAAUGCAGAGCUUGGAGGCUUUGCUGGGCUCUUUGACCUGAAAGCAGCUGGUUACAGAGAUCCCAUCCUGGUGUCUGGAACCGACGGCGUCGGCACCAAACUCAAGAUUGCUCAGGAGUGCCAGAAACACGACACCAUCGGGCAGGACCUGGUGGCCAUGUGUGUCAAUGACAUCCUGGCCCAGGGAGCUGAGCCCCUCUUCUUCCUGGAUUAUUUUGCCUGCGGCAAACUCGACGUGGAUGUGGCUCAGGGAGUCAUUGCAGGAAUUGCUGAUGCCUGCAGGAAAGCUGGAUGUGCUCUUUUGGGAGGAGAAACGGCCGAGAUGCCGGGGAUGUAUCCCCCCGGCGAGUACGACCUGGCCGGCUUCGCCGUGGGGGCCGUGGAGAGGGGGCAGAUGCUGCCCCAGCUGGACAGGAUCACUGAGGGGGACGUGGUCAUUGGGGUGGCAUCUUCUGGAGUCCACAGCAACGGCUUCAGCCUGGUCAGGAAGAUCGUGGAGAAGUCCUCCCUGGAUUUCUCCUCCCGCGUCGGUGUCUCCGGGGAUCAGACUCUGGGAGAGCUGCUGCUGACCCCAACCAAGCUCUACAGCAAGACCCUGCUGCCUGUGCUGCGCUCGGGCCACGUCAAAGCCUACGCCCACAUCACCGGAGGGGGCCUGCUGGAAAACAUCCCCAGAGUCCUCCCAGACUCCCUGGGUGUCGUUUUAGAUGCUCUCACCUGGAAGAUCCCUGAAAUCUUCUGCUGGCUCCACAAGGAGGGGAACCUCUCUGAGGAGGAGAUGGCUCGGACCUUCAACUGUGGGGUGGGGGCAGUGCUGGUGGUUCAGAGGGACAUGGCCCAGCAGGUGCUCAGGGACAUCCAGGGACACGAGACCGCCUGGCUCAUCGGCAAAGUGGUGCCCCUGCCAAAAGGCUCUGACAACGUUAAAGUCCUCAAUCUCCAUCGGGCACUGCAAGCAAACAGGUCCCUGUGUGUGCAGAGCCACAUCCAGGGCAAGAUCCAGACAGGCAAAGUGAAGGUGGCUGUCCUCAUCUCUGGAACAGGCACAAACCUGGAAGCCCUCAUCAACAGCACGAAGAAAGACACCAGCUAUGCACAGAUAGUUCUGGUUAUCUCCAACAAACCUGGUGUGGAGGGGCUGAGGAAAGCUGAGAGAGCUGGGAUUCCUACAAGGGUGGUGGAGCACACAAGGUACCAGAGCCGCACGGAGUUCGACAGCGCCGUGGACCAAGUCCUGCAGGAGUUCUCGGUGGAGCUGAUCUGCCUGGCCGGCUUCAUGCGCAUCCUCUCGGGUCCUUUUGUCAAGAAAUGGGAAGGGAAAAUCCUGAACAUCCACCCGUCCCUGCUGCCGUCCUUCAAGGGAGCGAACGCGCACAAGCUGGUGCUGCAGGCCGGGGUCAGGGUCACGGGCUGCACCGUGCACUUCGUGGCUGAGGAGGUGGACGCCGGGGCCAUCAUCUUCCAGGAGGCAGUGCCGGUGAAGCUGGGGGACACGGAGGCCACGCUGGCUGAGCGGGUGAAGGAGGCCGAGCACCGCGCCUUCCCCGCCGCGCUGCAGCUGGUGGCCAGCGGCGCCGUGCGCGUGGGCGAGGCGGGCAAGAUCUACUGGAAAUAGAGCCGGGCUCAGCAGGGCCUGGGCUCUGCCCCUCGCCCCUGCCUCACGCGGUUCAUGGUUCAAAUCCCGGGAAAGCCACCAGUGGGAAUUGGGGGGCCGUUCCCAGAGGGUGCAGC